ACCGUUUGGGAGCGAAAUUUUGUUUCAUGUUUGUAUACAACAUGUGUCACAUGUGUUUGGUGAAUAUACAGCCGUGAAUAAAGAAGAGAAAAAUGAACAACUACAAAGCAUUCUAUGAUUUAAAUAUCGCCAUAAACGAACAAGAUGUGACAAGAUUACGUGAUAUCUGCGAUACACUUGUGACUUAUGGCUACAAGACUGUAGCUCUCAAUUAUGAAAUCGAAGAUCUAGGCAGUGACACAAAGAAGAAGAAAAAGAAGAAAGGAGAAAUACGUGAAGUUACCGAUAUUGUACCAGAACCGCUAGAAAUAAGUACACUUGUUAAGGAAUUUGGUGACAAAUUGACCUUAGUACACAGGCUGACAUUUCCAUUUUCUGAUCAGCAACAAUUUCACAUGCUGAAUCAGUCGAAAAACCUGAAGAAGUAUAAGAUCCUAGCAGCUGUGCCAAAAACACAAUCAGCAUUUCAGAGUGCCUGCAGUAAUCUGGAUAUUGAUAUUAUAUCUCUAGAUUGUGAAAGCCGAACUUCUAUACGAAUUAACCGGAAAAUGUAUAACCUAGCAGUGGAAAGAGGAACUUUCUUUGAAAUAACGUAUGCACCUGCCAUACUUGAUUCAACAGCCAGAAGAAACACUAUAUAUGUGGCACAUAUGUACCACACAUUUGGGAAGUCUAAGAAUGUCAUAAUUUCAAGUGGUGCACGAGAAUCAAAAUAUAUUAGAGGGCCAUAUGAUAUAGUGAACUUAGGGUUAAUUUUUGGACUGAGUGAGGAACAGACAAAGAAAGCAGUUAGCUCUACAUGCAGAUCCUUACUUACACACGCAGAUGGCCGACGUUGUGGAAAGAUCAUUGCGUGUAUACAAAGUGAUACAUCACCAGGAAGAGGUAAUGAAGUGUCAAUAACAAACAUCUGUGACCAGGAAGUGAACAUGGAUGAAGAAGAUUUGGGACCCACACAAAAGAAAAUGAAACAGUGAUAUGCGUCUUUUUAAUUGUACUAUUGUAAACAACUUUGACUGUUAUCAGCAUAAAUUAUUGUUAUUAUUUGUGUGAUAUUUUUUAUAAAAUUCUUCAUAUUUCCAUCUUAAUAUUAGUGUUGUAAGGAGAUUCCAGAAGGUUUAAGAUUGAUAUUGUAAUGAUAAAGACAGAAAUUUCAGAACCAGAUUUUAAACUACAAAAUAUUUCCAAGGACACAUGUGGGCUAGACUGAAACUGAAGAAAUUGCAGUGAGGGAGGAAAUUAAGGAUAUGGAACCUGGAGAAAUUGAAAGUACUGGAAGUUGCUGAGAGUUUCAAAGAUAGCAUUAGGCAAUGAUUGACUGGAACGGGGGAAAAUCAAGUUAUUUACUUAUUUAGUAAGUUUGAUUCACAUUGCAUGAAUCAUUUGCAGGAUAAAUCAUGAUGAUGUGAAAGAUGAACAAAUGGGUUUGGGAAAUGAGCUAGGGAAGGUAGCAGAUGAUCAAAUAGGUAAAAAGACAAGGCCUAGUAGAAAUCUUUACAUAACACAGUAGAUACUGUAUUUUUUUGACGAAAGGAGAAAACUUAAAAAUGCAGCACAUGAAGUAGGUAAAAUGGACAAAGACAUCAAAGAAAAUGAGAUUGACAGAAAGUGCAAAAUGGCUAAGCAGGAAUGAAUAGAGGACAAAUGCAAGGCUUUAAAAGCAUGCAUGACUAAGGGAAAGAUAGAUAUUGUCUGUGCAACUGUAUGAUGUCUUUGUCCAUUUUACCUACUUCAUGUGCUGCAUUUUUAAGUUUUC